AUGAUUAUAAACAAAGCACUUUCAUUUUCAAACAUAUUAUUAGAAAGUAUACGGUGGCAAAAAUUAUCAAUAACUAUAUUUUGGUUCAUGCUAAUGGCUGCAAUAAUGGGUAUCAGCGAAUCAGUGAAAUGCCUCGAUUGUAUCGGAAAGGAUUGUAUGGGAGCGUUUUGUGAGGGAGAUUAUUGCCUAUUAGGAACUUAUGCACCUCGAUGGGGUACAAUAGAAUGGGGCGAACCAAGAAUUGUUAAGGGAUGUAUUAGUGGUAAAAUGUUGGAAAAUGAUAUAAGGAGCCAUUGCGAGUCAGCAGAUGAAGAUGGUGAAGAUCUCUUCACAUGCUUUUGUGAUAAAGACUACUGCAAUAAUGAUAAAGCCGUUAGACGACUCGAAAUUACACCAGUAAAUUUGGUAACCUGCGUAUGCAGUGGUGCGCAUUGUAAAGGCAAUACGUGCAUAGGUGAGAUGUGCUCAUAUGUCGUUAACCAUCGCACGAAAAAGUCGGAACAAGGAUGUGUUAACGCUUCAGUGCCAUUAAUCGAGAGGAGGUCAAUGGGUUCAUGCAUGAUUCCGCCGAUUACCGGAGCUAUGCAUCAUACUGUGUCAAAGGAUCCUCAUGCUCUUUUGGCAACAGAGUCUUGCGUUUGUGGUACGGACUACUGUAACAGUGAAAAGCCUGAAGUUACCAUUCCGGAAAAAAUGAAAUGCAAAACAUUUGUUACUUUAGAAGCUAUGGGAACAACCGUGACUUCGAAGAAUACAACAUGCACGGGUGAAUUUUGCUUUAAAGCAAUUAUUAAAAGUAAAAUUGGCCACAUGACGGAAUAUAAGACAAUGGGUUGUGCAUCUUUUCUUGACGGCGCUGAAUUAGCCGAAGAAUUACAACCAGUUGGAUGUGCGAAAUUCGAUUCUGAAAAAGUUGAUGUUGAAACGUGUUUUCAGACCAAUGAUAAAAGAGCUAUAGGGCGAGCUCGAGCUAAUCAAGAAUCAGUGAUUCCACGAAAGUCUAAAUCUGGUUCACGCAAACAACCGCAGAAAACAGAAAAACGGCCUCCUCUCAAACCGAAAAUGGAAGUAGAAUAUGAGGAUGAAGAGGAACAAGAAGAAAAUGAAGAUGAGGAGAACGAAGAAAACGAAAAACAAGAGGCAGAAGUGAAAGAGGAAAGUGGCGAGGAUCAAAAUGAAGAAGAGGAAAAAGAAGAAGAAGAAGAAAAGGAGGAAAAAAAUGACGACAGUAAAGUGGGAAAAAAUAAUAAAAAUAAUAAAGUCGAGGUAGUCGAGUCAUCGACAGCAGAUUUCAUAUUCGAACGACCAACGGAACCGCCAAUACCUGACGAUUCAAAUGUGACACUCGUAACCGUUUUUGUCCUUUUAAUUAUACUGAUUUUGGUGACUGGAGCUAUAUGGAAAUUUAAACUGCACCAACGAUUGUUUCGUUCGAGUUAUGAUACAGUUGCUGGGGGUUGA